GCUUGUUUACAGUUCUUUGAUUCAUUGCGACCCUUCGAGGAGGAAUUAACAGAUUCGCGGCAAUGAAUCGAAGGAAGUUAACCAUGGAUUUCGACGGCCUCGAAGCGGAAGACGACGACGGCAAAGGCUUCUUCGAUUCGAAAGAGAGGCUAUCCACGGCGGUCCCCGUCGACUUGGUGUCGGCGCCGGACGACGGCGAGGAGUUCCAAGAUAGCCGGAUGUCGUUCGUUUCCGCCGCCUCCAUCAAACGCAUUUACUCCAUCGAACCCAAUUCCAAUCCCAAUUCUUCCUCCGCAAUGUUCCCCAGCUACGACAUGUGGAUGGCGGCGCCCGGCGACGUCAAAGAGCGGCGCAAGCGUCUCUUCCACGACAUGGGAUUGGCCAGCCGCAAGGGCCCCCUCGCCAGCCGGAAAGAUCUCCUCGCAAGCCGCCGGGACCUCCUCAAAAUCGCCAGUUCCAAAGUCCCCCGAGCAAUGUCCAGAAAGCCGGCGGCACCAGCGCCGCCGCCGGCGGUGAAGCCAUCGCCAUCGCCUGCACCACAGCCGGAGAAAGCGCCCAAGGCCGCCGCGCCAGUACCCGCCCCACCACCGGCGGCGGCAACAGCCCAAGUUUCAGCAGGCCAGGAGGAGUCUCCCCCACCCACUGCGGAGCAACCGAAAGCAGACGAGCGGCCGUCUUCUUCGCCAUUGCCGAGAAGAGCAAUCGUGUUCGUCAGGUCAAGAUCAGACAGCGACAUGGAAGCAUUUUCCAGGAGGACCAAACAGCGGAAGGAAGAAGUAUUCGGCCCUGAAUCGAAGCAGGGACUUACCAGGACAUUAUCAGGGCAGCUUGUUCCCUGCAUAGGUGUGCCACAUUACAUAGUUCCCGUCGCCGGAUCUCCAAAAACGGACAAAACCAGAGCAUCACCUCCGGCUAACGAUACACCGGCAAUCGACGAUGACAUUUGCUCCUUCUUCUUGAUCAAGGAUUUAGACACAGGCAAGGAUUUCAUCGUAAGAGAGUACAACGAAAAGGGACUAUGGAAUAAGCUAAACGACGUCGAAACCGGCAAGCAGCUCACGUUGGAGGAAUUCGAGAAGUCCGUCGGAUAUUCGCCAUUCGUCAAACAGCUAAUGCGCCGCAAGCUUUCGACAAAGGUCACCGAUGGCAAAGCCCACCCCAAUAUUCUGUCCAAGAGUUUUAGAAGCAGCAAGAAGAAGGGAGCUGCAAUUUUGAAAAACAUCAAGGGAGUGGCAUCUGGAAUUCUGAGAGAAAAAGAUCAAGAGAUCUCCAAGAACACAUCUGUAUGGAUAGAUGCUAACCAGCAGGGGAAGACCUACAGAGAAUUCACAGCAUUGCACAUGUCACAGGAGAUUCAAGCUCAUCAGGGAGGGAUUUGGACAAUCAAAUUCAGUUCCGACGGACGAUUCCUAGCCAGUGCGGGAGAAGACAAGGUGAUUCAUGUGUGGGAAGUUCAGGAAUGCGAUGUCAUGUCCGCCAUGUCCAGCGACGAUUAUGGUUCGGAGCGCCUCUCGCGGAUGCCGUCUGAAAUGAGGAAGAAAGGGAGGGAGAAUAGCAAAAAGGAAGGCUCUAUUCCGGAUUACGUCAAAAUUCCUGAAACAGUUCUAGCACUUUCUGAGAAGCCAAUCUGCACCUUCGAAGGCCAUCUCGAUGAAGUCCUGGAUUUGUCCUGGUCGAAAAAUCAUGUCAGCUUCUUAUCAAGGCAUGUUCUUUUCCAUUCAACCAUAAUCAUAUGUGUGUGUAAUGUAAGACAUCCUUUGUUAUUGCAGAUGUUGCUUUCAUCUUCGAUGGAUGAGACAGUCAGGAUGUGGGACAUGGAAACAAAGAGUUGUCUGAAGCUCUUUGCACACAACGACUAUGUAACUUGCGUGCAGUUCAAUCCAGUCGACGACGACUACUUCAUCAGCGGUUCACUGGAUGCAAAGCUUCGAAUAUGGAACGUAUGUAACCGACAAGUCGCUGACUGGACGGAUGCUCGUGAAAUGGUCACCGCCGGCUGCUACACUCCCGAUGGCCAGGCUGUUAUAGUUGGCUCUCUUCAAGGCAAUUGUCGAAUAUUCGACAUUAACGACUGCCAGUUGGAACAUCGUCUCGACAUCCAGGGGAAGAAGAUUCAACCCAAAAUGUUCCCUGCACUCCCGGCACAGGCCAAGAAAAAUGCCAGCGUUCAGGCACAUACGGGAAAAAUUACCGGUUGUCAGUUUGCCCCGUGGAAUUCAUCCGAGGUUCUUAUCUCUUCCACCGGCUCCCGGAUCGGAAUCUACAACGAUGCAGAGCUUGUCCAAAAAUUUAAAGGAGUUCACAAUACCAGCAGCCAGAUCGCAGCUUCCUUUACUCCAAAUGGAAAACACGUGAUCAGCGCGAGCGAAGAUUCCCGAGUAUACAUCUGGAAAGUCGAUGAUUCCAGAAACAACAACAAUGGAGCUGCCAAGAAAAAAGGUGUGGUAACAGUUCAGGCUUACGAGCACUUCCACAGUAAAGACGUAACUGCUGCUACUACAUGGCCCUGCAGCAUAAAAAACAAGGCACCCGUUGUCGAAAUACAGUCCAAAAAGAAGCGUGCCGGCGCCGCCGCGCCGCCGCCAAAGCCUACCAAUGCUUCUGCAAAGCCAGAAGAAGGAUCGGUCAAGACAAGCUUACCACCACUCCCCAAGAAAAAAAACGAUCAGUCAGAAAAAAAUGAUGGAGAUGAGGAGUCGUCGGCUCAACAAACCGAUCCCGGAACUGGUCCAACCGACGAUGCAUCCUGUUCUAAUUCUACCUCUGAAUCCAACAAUCAAAACGACUUGACAGCUGCCGGUACUUCAGCGGCCUCCCAAUCGUCCGAAACUGCAGGUGCCAAUGGCGCUGUCCAAGCAUCGGCAUGGGGCCUCGCCAUUGUGACUGCAAACGUGGAAGGUGAGAUCAGAGUAUAUCAGAAUUUCGGGCUGCCCCUUAAGGUCACCCGUCAGGGCUAUCUCUUCUGA